CAGUUCAGCCUGAUUUCAGUUCCAUAUCAUCAGAACACAUCAACAGAAAACAUGGAAUCACAUACCGCGGAUGAAAAGCUUGAUCUCGAGCGUGUCAGAGCGGCAGAAGAACUUAAACCGUUCGAAGAGAAGCUGUUCAUCAUUUUGCAGGACUUGCUACAACCAGGUCCCAUUAUCGAGGCUGCCGAUGCAGCUGCAAAGAUAAAUGACCUCUUUCCAUCAAAUGACGAAGAUUCCAAGGCCCCUGUGGAUGAGAACACAGCAGAUCCUGAAGCCUUCUUGUGGUCCUUGUGGGGUCUGAUUAUCCAGGUUAUGAGAUUAGUUCAUCCUCAACACCCGGGCCAAAUACGUAUGAUCUCUUUCAUGCAAGCCUUGGGAAAGUUUCCGACGAGAACACUUGACAUAUGGGGUAGCGAGCAGAAGCUUUGGUCAGACUUUCCUAUUCUCCGCCCUUGCUUGAGGGACCAUUUGGAGUAUAUUGGGGAGCCAGACCCCGAUGGAAUCUCAGAAUGGAUCAACCAGAACUCAUUCAUGGCCAGAAUCGUGGGCAAAGACCUCCUCAGCUGGGAUACGCUGAUCAUCUGGAUGCUCAGGGAUGCAUUGGAAGAAGACGUUCCCCAGGAGCAAAUCGUUCGAGAUUGUUACAUCUCCGUGGUAAACGAAUGGAUUACUCAUGCCGGACAGACAAUCUAUAGGCAACUGAGCGAUAAAGACUUGAGCGAGCAGCAAAAGCGCGUAACUAAAGGCGGCACGCUGUAUCAUGGAAAGGACGGGUUAUGCGCCGAGAGAUGGGAAUUCUGGAAACAACGACUGGCUGAAAUAAGUAAGCUCGUGUCAAAGGACUUACAACCUGUGGCAUGGUCUGCGGCAGACAGGAUGAGUCAAAUUGAGGAGCUGGCUCAGAUCGAAAAGGAGAUGCGCGAGUGAUCUCAUGAGAAGCCCAGAACGCUUAUGCUUAUGAUGAUGAUGAUGCACAUGGAAUGGUACGGGAAUUCAAGUUGAUAGCGUAUUUCAAGCUUUUACGAAUCGAGAAGCCGGCAACGUGCUAGUACUACUUUAUCCGGUUGGAUGUAAACUCGAGGUGAGACUUCUUCUUAUUGCUAGUAUACACAUUUAUAUGUUAAGCAGCCACGAGCCGCUCCAAUCAAACCCAG